AGCUCUUGUUGGAUGUGUGUGUAUAUAAUAGAUUCAGUUAUUUUGUUAGAGGUAGAGAUAAAUUUAAUUAUUAGAAAUAUAUUUUCAUUCAACUUUUUAUAAAACUAAUUAUUUUUUCAUCAAUUAUUAAAUAAGCUCACUAAAAGAUGUAUGAUUUUAUUGAGAACAUAUGCCAUAUUUUCAAAUAAGAUUUUGAGGUUAUAUAGAAGUUUACAAAUUUUGAAUAUAAACAGUUAUCGUUAUUUGAAAUUAUAUUUAUUGAAAAUUUUUUCAAUAUUAUUUAUUGUAUAUUAAAUAUUAAUUUAUAAUAAUGGCUCGAAGAAGAAGUUUAAAUCGUCGCUGGUCGCGUAGAUCAAUAAAUGAUUCUGCAGUUCUUGAUCAAGAUUCCAAUUACAUUGAUGAAGAAGAUGACACUUUUUGGAGACACCUUCCAGACCAAACAAGAUAUUCUAAUAGGGCAAGUGUACAGGCGUCCAGUGAAGCUUUUUUGAACUCCAAUUCAAGAAUUAUCGAUGAUGAUGACAUUGAAGCUACAGAAUGGUGGAAUCAUUUACACAAAACUAGUCAAGAUCUUUUGAUACCUAAAGAAACAGCUAGAACUGAAAUUUCUAAUUCAGAAUUAGCAAAUGUAUCAAAUGCUACGUCUCAUUCAGAUGCUAAUAGUAUUACUGAAGCUAUUAAAAAGAGGAGAGUUAUGCUUGGAGCAAAAAGGAAAAGUUUGCGUAAUAAUCCAUUCUCUCAAGCUUUAGACUCAUCAGAUAUCGCAAGUGAAUCAGAGUCAAUACCAACACUUGAAAAAAAAGAUAGUUCUCAAAAUUUGUCAAAAGUAAUUGAAGAAGGAAUGCGCGAAUCGAAACGAUCUAGACUUUCCAUCAAAUCUAAUAUCAGAUAUUCGCCAGAGAGUAAUACAAGUACUGAUACAGAAAAAAUAUCUAAAGCUAGACCAUUAUUAUUCAGAAGGCCUAAACGAAAAUCGUCGUAUGCUUUUGAUAAAAUUCUUUCACAAGAUGAUUCAACCGUUGAACAAUCGUCUAAUCUAAAUGAAAAUGAAACUUUAGAUGAUGAAAAUGAAGUACAAAAAAAUAAUGAGGAUACAAACAAGACGAAAGAAUUUAUGACUCAACCCCGAUCACCGUUUGAUAAGAUACGUAGGUCAUCCAGAAAAUUCAAAAGUAAUAUUAUUAUUGAAAGCCAAGAAGACAAAGAUGACCAAAAAUUAUCUCAAAAUUCAAAUAUACAAAAAAUAUCACAAAAAUCGAUAGACAAUUCUAUACAUGAUAAAAAUGAUGAAAUAUCUGAAGAUACCCCAAAAAUUAUGGAUACAUCGAUAAGAAAAAGAACAAAAAAUUAUCGUAAACAAAGUAGCGAUAGCGAAAAGAAUUUUAAAUUGCAAUUGUCUGAUGGAAAAAUAUCAGAAGAUAAUAAAAUAUCACCAAUUCGAUCACAUCAUAGUUUACACAUAUCUCACUCAUCAUCUUCUGAAAGUGAAAUCAUCGAGACUCGAAAAUCAAAUCAUUCAUCAGAGAAAAUAAAUGAUAAUGUAUCUGAUCAGAAUGAAGCUAUAUCCAUUGAAAUUAUUCCAAAUAAAGACAAGUCUAAAAAAAGCCAUAGUGAAUUAUUUAGAACUAAUGAAAAAUUGAGUGUUCAAGGAGAAAAAUUGAGUGAAGUUAACCAAGAAAAUCAUGAAACUGAUCAAGAAAAUUUAUCGAAUAAAACGUCGUCAACAGAAAGUCUUUUUGAAGUUCAAAAAAUUGAAUUGCACAUUUUCGAAACACCACAAGAACAAUUAAAUUCCCAAAGUUUGAUACGUCAAGAUGAAGUAGUUGAUCGUGAGAAUGAAGUAGAAUUCGAGAUUGUAGAAAAUGAUGAAGAUUCUAAUAUAUAUGACAAAUCGAUACAGAAAUCAGCAACUAGAAUUUCGAAUAAUAAAAAAAAGCGAUCAUCACAACAGCAAAUAGCUGAAGUAAGUCAGCAUGAUGUUGAAAAUGAAAUAGAAUCAAAUUUAGAAAAAAGAAGAAUCAUUUUACAUAGACAAUCCCGAAGAUCUUCGAAACAAAGAAUAAAAGAAAACUCUUUCAGUAAUAGUAUAAAAGAAUCUAGUUUUGAACAACGAAAUGUAUCUAAUAAUGAAAACAAUGAUUCAUUGAAACAACAAAUGUCUCGAAUAAUACCUUCAAUUCAUGAAGAUAAAGAACAUUCAGAAUUGGGAGAAGAUAUACAAAAUAAUAAACGUGAGAAAAUUUCAAAAUCUCUUAAAAAUAAACAAAUUCCAUUAAAUUCAUUAAUCGACAACGAUAAACAGAAUGAAACUGAAAAGUCUCAAGAGUUAUUAAAAAAUAGAAGAACUAAAGAAAUAUCAGUAAGUUACAGUGAUGAAGAACAAGAAUCAGACAAAGAAAAUGAUGAAACGGAGAAGUUGAGAAAUAGACAGACUCAAUCACAUUUAUUGAUUAAUGAAGAUGAAGAUAAAAGAGGAUCAGAGUUGACAGAAGAAACAGAGAAUACAACUGAACAGAUCCAAGAAUCAAUAAAACAACGAAAAUUGUCAUCGAUGCAAUCGAUUUCCCGUAAAUUAUUUUCAGAAAAUUUAGAAGAUAGGUCGAGUACUAUGACAGAAUUAUCAGAAAAGAGCAGAGAAAGCCAUAGUAGUAUUAGAAAAAUUGAUCCUUCAGCUUACGAACUUCCUCAUAGAACCCGAAGUGAUUAUAGUGAGUUUGAUACAGAUGAUAUUAAUGAAAGUCCAACGAUAGCUAAUGGUGAACCUGUUCAAAUGAUGACAGACAAUAACGUAAAUUUAUCUACUCCUUCAACUGAUAUACAAACACGUUUACCGAGUACAUCAACCAAUCAACGUAACAAAUUAUUAAAAACAUUUAAACCUUCAAUAAUGAAUACUCUUGAUAAUUAUUUAUUAAAAUCAAGGAGUAGAUUAGAACGAACUGAAGAUACUCAAUUAUCACAAGAACAAUUACAAGCAUUGGAAGAUAAGUUAAAGAGAAUUAAAGAAAAAACCGAUCAAAUAACUCAAAAAGAAGUAAAAAGAGUUCAUGAGAAGAUUGUAAAGUUACAAAAUUCUGUCGAUAUAAAAUCAACAGUUCGUAAUAAUUAUGGCAACUUUCAAAAUAAAAGUAAAACUCCAAAAAAGCCAAUCAACAAAGCUUACAUAGUAGAUGGAAUAUUUUAUAAACAACCAAAAUUACCCAGACCACAAAAAUGGGCGACUAAUCGUCUUUAUAAAUUUUUAUGGAAAACAAUGGAACCUAAAUAUAAUUUAGAUACAAGAAGAAAAUCAGAAAAGUUUGUACAAUAUUUAUCUGACGUAGUUAAAGUUAUUAAAAGGAGGAAAAAUUUUGAAAGCUAUGAAGAAGAUCUUAAUGAACUUAUUAAGAAGAUGGCACAGCUAGGAAUUAUAAAAACGAGAAUGGACUUUCAUAAUUUUUGUACUGAUUUUUUACCUUAUGAAUUCAGGGUCAAAGUUACUCCCAUGUUAAUGCCUGGUAAUCGUACGAAUAUACCAUUUGACCCUGAUAUUCUUACAGUUCCAAUCAUAAAUAAAUAAUGAUGCUCAAUCAUUUAUGUGCCUGAUACAAUGUUAUCAACUUUGUAUUUAUAAGUUUAGUUUAAAAAAUUAUAAAUAUUUAUAUAAUUCCAUCAGUGAUGAUUUCUC